AUGAGCACUGUGGGCAAAGUUAUUAAAUGCAAGGCAGCCAUUGCCUGGGAAGCAGGCAACCCCUUUUCUAUUGAGGAGGUUGAAGUCGCCCCACCCAAAGAACAUGAAAUUCGAGUUAAGAUUGUUGCCACGGGGGUGUGCCGUAGUGAUGCUCAUGCUGUAAGCCCCAGUUUUAAAGAGGGUCUUUUUCCAGUCAUCCUGGGCCAUGAAGGAGCAGGAAUUGUGGAGAGCACUGGACCAGGAGUGACUAAAUUUAAACCAGGUGACAAGGUUAUCCCACUCUACGUCCCUCAGUGUGGCCAAUGCAAGUUCUGCUUGAGUCCAAAGACCAACCUUUGUGAAAAGAUCAGCAAAAUUAAAACACCUAUUUCUGAUCAAGACCUGAUGCCUGAUGGUACCAGCAGGUUCACCUGCAAAGGGAAGCAGAUUUACCACUUCAUGGGGACUAGCACCUUCUCUGAAUACACUGUUGUAGCGGAAACCUCUCUUGUCAAAAUUGAUGCUGCUGCUCCCCUGGAUAAAGUCUGUCUGAUCGGCUGUGGAUUUUCCACAGGUUAUGGGGCUUCCCUCAAUACUGCCAAGGUGGAACCUGGGUCUACUUGUGCUGUCUUUGGCUUGGGAGGAGUCGGCCUGUCAGCUGUCAUGGGCUGUAAAGCUGCUGGAGCUUCUCGGAUCUUGGCAAUUGACAUCAACAAAGAUAAAUUUUCAUUGGCAAAAGAGUUAGGAGCCACCGACUGCCUCAAUCCUCAGGAUUUCAAGAAGCCCAUUCAGGAGGUUAUAACUGAAAUCAGCAACGGUGGUGUCGAUUUUGCAAUUGAAUGCAUCGGUAAUGUUGCUGUCAUGAAAGCUGCCCUGGAGUGCACCACGGUAGGCUGGGGAACUUGUACGAUUGUUGGAGUGGCUCUGGGUGGACAAUCAAUCCCGGUUUCUCCAAUGCAGCUGAUAAUGGGAAAGAAAAUAAAUGCCACUUUCUUUGGAGGUUGGAAGAGUGUAGAUUCUAUACCAAAGCUGGUGUCUGAUUAUAUGGCAAAGAAAUUCAGUUUGGAUGCCUUGGUGACGUACACUCUGCCAUUCGACAAAAUCAAUGAUGCUUUUGAUCUUAUGUAUGAGGGGAAGAGCAACAGAACCGUCUUGGUUUUCUAA